GCUGACUUCAAACGUGAAGGCGCCUGUGCAUACACAGCGACGAAUGACGCGCAUAACUACAGAGUGGAGUGUCUGCGCGAGCCGAGCGCGUUGACAUCUAGGAAUUUAUCACAAGAUGUCGGGGGAUGUUUUGUGCGACGAGCCGCUGGUAUGCUCGCGGACGAAAUGACUUGCUUGUUGUGGCUGCGCACGUCUGCUAAAUUCCGGCCUAAGUUAAAUCCUAGAGUGUUGUAAGGACGCCGGUGAAGCAAUAUCAGCCAGGUUGUCCGAACCGUCUGCCGCCGACACCGACGUGAAGCGGAAAGAGACGAAGAGAUCAGGGCGAACGAGGCGCGAGGACGGUGCCAGUGUCGUGUGUAUAUGUGUGUGUGUACCACUGCCAGAACUUGAGAUAACCGGAGCGCGGUAUACCGGAACUUGAUUUCAAUCUCGUGAACUAAACAAUCAGGUGAUCGUUCGUCUUCUGCAGCAACGAGACAAAAAGACAAUUAAAAAAAAGUAAAAAAGAGAGAGAGAGAGAGUGAAUAAGACAGAGAGGAGAGUAAGAAAGAAAAGGGCGAAAGAUAGAAAAAGAAAGAGAGAAAGAGAGAGAGAGAGAGAGAGAGAGAGAGAGAAAAGGAGAUACAAGGAGAGAGAGAACAAAUAGACACGUGGUGACAAUUACAAUCUUUGCUGGGAUGGGAGCCAAGGCAAGCACUGUAGCACAGUCUGCUGGUGGCAAUGGUCAGUCCUCCACUGGAGCCAAUGAGACAAUGCAAGGUUUCUCCAUGCUUCGUUCUCUACCUGGUGGUGUUGGCAUGCUACAACAUCAGCACCAACAGGCCAACCAGUCGCAAAGCUCACGUGUAUCUGGGGAUAGUAGACAGCGUGCACGCUCAUUGAGUUCUGUACCGGAUCUCUCUUCUGCCGAACAGGCUGCUCUUGCUACCUCAGUUGGGGUAGGAGUCGGUCAGGCUCUUGGCUUGCCGCAGCUGGACUCCGAUGAUGCUGAUGAAGAUAGUGGACGUGUUUACGCUGCUCACAGCUUGCCUUCACACAUUUGGUCCCUCAACGGUCUAAAGUGUCCCGUAUGCUCCAAGUUCAUUCUACCGGAUGAUAUAGAAUGUCACCUGGUCAUGUGCCUGACCAAGCCACGGCUCAGUUACAAUGAGGAUGUGCUAGCAGAUGAAAAAGGUGAAUGUGUCAUUUGUCUUGAAGAACUACAAUCUGGUGAUGUUAUAGCUCGCUUACCUUGUCUCUGUAUAUAUCACAAAAACUGCAUUGAUAAGUGGUUUCAAGUGAAUCGUAGCUGCCCUGAACAUCCUGGAGAUUGAUUCGUACCUGCUGAAUUUGGAGGAGCUUACAGUGCUCACAGAAGCUCACAGUCCACAAACAGUGGAACAAGUUGCUGGCCCAGAGGACAUUCACAUUGAUGGGAUUAAGGCAGAACGAAAUGACAGAAAUUUGAAAAAAGCUAGUCAAGGUGGCUGCUAGUCCGCAAUGGUGAUUGGUGCAUGCGGUGAAUUGUUCAAUUGAACAUGAGACUCACUGAAAUCGAACAUGAAAGCAGAUGUUUAAUUCAAUCCUCAACUCUACUACUGUUAAGCAGGGGACUUAAGAAAAAAUCGCCAUAGGAUUCAACGAUACAAUGCUAUUACCUAUACGUAUCUACAAUUACUCUAUUAUUGCUCUAUCGCUUACUAUCGAUUGUACCAUAUUUAUAAAUUUUACUUAGUUUUACGCCUUGAACUCGAUUUAGUAUUUAAGCUGGACGAUCUUUAUUACUGUCGUUCAUGAUUUUCGGUUUCAUAUCCUUUUUAUUCGUUUUUGGAAAAUGGGGGACAGGACGAAUCUUAGUCAAGGAUACCUGCAUAGUGAGCAGGUGAGCUCUACCUUACAUAAGUUAGUUAUACUUUUACUGAUUUUUAGUGUCGAGACCAUGUAUCGUUUUUCGUUGUCUGUUGGGGGAUGAGUGCUAGAAAGGAUAUUUUUGAUACUUUCAUAAAAGGGGAAGCCAGGAUGUAUAAGAGUUCCGAGCGCUGGAGACGUCGUAACGCUGUUGAUGCUGUAGUAACAAUAAAGGUUCUGAUUUAACCUUCCUUACUGAGAUUCAUAAUGUGAUAAUCUCUUUCGUUGUUAAUAGAGAGAAUUGACACUCCGUGUUACUGAGAUGUACAGUCUAUUGUCGAUUACCGAGGAUUACCUACUGUAUAAUUAAUCUCUUUUGUAUAUGAUAAGGAGGAUUGACAUAACCCAGCAGUAGUUUUUGUAAUACGAACAAUCAAAGUCUAUUAUUGUUCCAGUAAUGUGCGCAAAAUGUGUAUGUCGGGUCGGACUUAUAACUUGCGUGAAGUUAAAAUAAAAUAAAACUAUAAUAAUAAGAAUGUGGGAAAAUAUGGACAGUGCACUGAGCAAAAGGGGAGGUAGAAAUAAAUUAUGUUAAUAAAAUCGAACGUAUAAACAUAUGAAUAUGUAGGGUGUCUUACAACCAACAUAAAACACUUUAACAGCGUGUUCCAAAAUUUAACUCAAUAAAAUAAAACGUCCUAAUUGGCACUAGACGAUAUUGUUGAGCUUGAAAUUUCUGGAUUGUAAACAAAUAGAAUUAAUCGCUAAUAUCACGUGAAAAUGGAGCAUUCUAUACGUAACCAAUCUUCAUACACUAUUAAAAUAUUUUAUGAAGGCGUGGGAUACCCUGUGAUAUGUGUAUAUAUAUAUACAUACUUUCAUGCACUUUCUCUCGGCUACAUAUAUUAGGAAUUAGCUAACGACUUUUUUCUAAUUUAUUAUUAAUUUCAAAAUUAUAUAGUUAUAACAAAUUAAUCUUGUUCUUUGUUUAACUUUAAAUAGACACCAGCAGGAUUUUAUAGGUUGAAACUUAGUUACCAAGAUAUUUUCAAUAUUAAAUCUUGCUGUUUAUUCUUCUAUAUUAUUCAUAUUAAUCUUUGAAUUCAGUAUAAUCAUGCUAUGUAUCAUAUUGUAUAUUUCAUAUUCCCUAUUCUUAAAAAAUUAUAAACAGUUAAAUCUACCGAAAUAUCUAUAUUCGAAAGAAAGUGCAUGAUGCCUAGGACACUCUGCAUAUAUAUAUAUGUAUAUGUAUAUAUAUAUACAUAUAUAUAUAUAUAUAUAUGUGUAUGUGUAUGUGUGUACUUUUUUUAAGCCAUGCGAAAUAAAUGACCGUAAACGACGGGCUUGGUUUCAUAAAACUGAAAAAAAAAAUAAACGGAGAGGGAGAAAGAAAGAAAAACAUGUAAAGAACUCGAAAUAAAAAUGUGACAUCGAUAAUAGCGAUAAUACGUCGAAAGAAAGUCUCCCCUUGCGUUUUGUUUCUAAUCGAGGCAAGAAUUGUCUCGCGGCUAUUUUAUCGAUUUUACGAUAUGUAAGGUUUGUUGUAUGCGCCGAUUAUAAGGGCGAAGUAUAUAGAAAAGAAAGUGCAAGGUGAUGUGGUGACGAAGAGAGAUGUAAAAAUAGAUCGCGUAUUCUAUAUCGGCACGCGACAGGGCGUGGAGUGCAUGUAUUGCAUGUGUAUUGCACAUGCAACAUAUGCUUGUGCGCGUGCGUGUUCGCCCGCCUCGCUCUCAAUCCUGUAGCGGUAUUCCAUAUUUUGUAAUACAUAUAUCGUUAGGAUAUAUGGUCUAUUCAUAUUCGAUACUGGAUUUUCUUGCGUUUUGUGCAUUUAAUAUAUUAAGCCUCAAUUUCUUUUCUUCGAUUUUACCUCAGCUUCUCUUAUGGUUAAUCUAUAUUGCAAGAGAGGAAGAGAGAGGGGGGGGAGAGAAAGAGAGAGAGAGAGAGAGAGAGAGAGAGCACGUAAAGCAGAAAUGAAAUUUUUUUCUUUUUUACGCAUGAAAUGUAACAUACACGGCACUUAAUAUUUUUUUUUAUGUGAAAAGAAACUGCUAGAUAUUUUGCCGGCUUGAAACCGCAUUUUUUUCUUUUUGUAAAAGUAUGCUGGUUUGAAAGAAGAGACAAAAGGAAACAAACAAAGCUGCAAAAGGUACGAAUAAAACAAUAGAUCCGUUUCUCAUAGGGUUUCAACAGGGUCACUGUAAUGUAUUCUUAUCUCUAUCACUGAAUGCUAUUGCUUGAGACGCUUUCCUAAAAACACACAUAAUCAUAUAAUGGACAUUUAAAUCGUUUUUCUCCUUCACGAGGAUGUGUCCUUUUUUGUAAUAUUUGGAAUACUUAUCUCUCUUAAAAACUCAAAUCAGUUAUUUGUCCUAUUUCUUUUACGAUUAGGAAAAGUUUCAGAGAUAAUAGUCGGUGAUAUUACAGCUGAUAAUCAAAUACUAUCAUCUAAAGAAUGUUUUCCUUUUUUUCCCCGUUAUAAGAAUAUGUCCUUUUGAAAUAUUUGGGAUAUUUAUCUCUUUUGAGAAUUCAUACCCACAUCAGCAUUUUAUUUCUUUUACUGAUAUGAAAAUUUUUUUCAAACAAUAAUUGGUGAUGUUUUAACUCAUAAUCAUACUAUCAUCUAAGAAACCGGCUCUGGUUAACAUCCUGCAUUUAGAAAUUAAAAUUCUACCCAGAGAGAGAGAGAGAGAGAAAGUUUGGUUGGAAUUAUUCAAAAAUAUGAUUUUUUUACUGUAUACAUUUUCUCCCGAAAUUAAAUUCAUCAAAAAACCUUAGCUUCUAAACUUCAAUCAUAUAAAAGCUACGAAUAUCUCGAAAAAUUGUUGCUGGAAGAAUUAAUUCAAUAUAAACGAAGAAAAAUUAAAAUUACAUUCAAUAAUUUUAGAACAUCUUUUGUUGAAUCAUAUCAAUUUACAGUUCAUAUCAAUUUGCAGUUUGUAUGUAUUAUCAUAAUUGCUUGAUAUUUUUCAGUUAUCUUUAAGGUAGGAUAAAUAUCUAAAAACGUCUCUAGAAGGUAUUCUACUUAUCUUUCAUGUCUCUAAGAUAUGUUUUAGGCAUUUGUGCUAUCUGGGCUUAUCUAUAUGUCGAUAAAUAUAAUAUGGAAUUCCGCUGCUUGAUGGCUAUAAUAAUAAUGA